AUGUCCCGCCAAGACGAGGCUGAAUAUGACUGCCGCGUGGACUCCCCCUCGGACCCCGAGACGGUCCCCGACGGGACGUUUCCCAGUGGAGCCCCGCCCGCCCUGCCCCAGGACACGCAGCAGGCCCCCGGGGGCGCCCCUGACGCCGCGCACGAGGCAGUUGGGCCCGCAGGCGCAGCCCCAGACGCAACCGUCCCGACGGAUUCAGCCGCUGCGGGCGAGCCAGCAGGAGAGGAACGCGUGAAGUGCUGCACGUGCGGGGUGAUGAAGUUGAAGGCGGAAAUGAAAAUCACCGAGGCAGAUGCCGCUACAGGUGCGAAGCUUCAAUGCAGGUGCCUGGACUGCAACGGUUUGAGGGGGCGUCUGUACCGCAUGUGCAAGCAGGACGACUUCAUCAAAAAUGGCUUUGCGGAAAUGGGACCAGACGUGAAGAUCGGCUUGUGUCGCAUCGCGAACCGGCUUGCAGGAGAGGCUCUUAAGAAGGUCUUGCUCACGGCUAUCCAUCACAACCGCAUCCAAAAGCGGAGCGAGAAGUUCGAGGGGACCGGCAACUUCGUGAACAUCGCAGACAUCAAGGACGCGUUCAUCGAGAAGGAGGGGCAGGCAGCUUGGGAUGAGUACUACAAGAAUGCGCCCAAGAUCACUUGCCCCAUCUACAACAAGCCGCAGAUCUGGAAGCCCGAGUGGUCGCUGACCAUCACAAACGAGAACUCGGAGUCGCUGGAGGAGAGGCGCAAGAUUGAGGGCGAGGAGAGGGUGCCGAAGAAGCCAGGGAGGCAGUUGGAGGAUCUCCAGGGCGACGGCGCACACGAGGGAGGCGAGGCUGCUGAGGAAGGAGAGGAGGACGCCGGCCGUGGCAAGGCUGGCGGCAAGGGCAGAUGCGGCAAGGGCAGAGCAAAGGCAAAAGCCGCGCCUCGCGUGCCUGCAGAGAGGCCGAUCACGGUAACGCACAAGACCCGCCUGGAUGGUUGCCAGAUCCAACUCGAACAGAUGCACAUGAACAUGAGCACGCUCGUAUCCGAAGCCUCGGCCGCCGACAUGGUGGAGAACAUCGCCCCCAAGCACCUCAAGGGCGCGAAACAGUUGCUGACCGCCAUCGACACCGUCCUCAAGAAUAUCGCAGUCAUCAAGCAGACUAACACAGCCUCGCCCGCGUCGCUGAAGGCGGUGUGGGAUGGCUUCAAGGAGGCGAAGGCAACCAACAAGGACUACACCAACAAGAUCAAAACCCAGAUCGAGGAAGGGAAGGCGGGGGAUUAG